CAGGCGACCGUGAAAUAAUUUCACUAGGAGCACACUUCUGUUCUUAGUUCGGCAGCGUUUUUGUCUUGUUUAUUGGGAAAUGAAUAUGCAUAUUAGAUGCUAAAGUGUUUGUCAAAACAGAAAACUAUUCACACUCUUCGCUAGGAGAUCAUCCAACUGUAAGAACCAAUAGAGCUCGAUCUAGUCUCUGUAAUAUUGUGGAAAAUCGUACUUCAGCUCCCACGAGAAAAAAGCUUUCACAAGCCGAAAUUUAGACAGGGUUUUGUCUGGUAAUUAUACGAAAUGCUGAAAAAGUUUUCUGUCGCAAACGCUCCGCCUCGCUUCGAUUUGGGUCAGGUACCAAAUGUUGGAGAGGAGAGUGAUUCCCACGUGUUUUGCCACGGAAAAACAGCAAAACUACACUCGAGAAUUGGAGGUUUUCAAGAUGAAAAACAGGGAACAAGACUGAGGAAGGUGUCCCUGAUGCCACCCAUUCCAUCAGCAAGAAAUUCACCUUCCUUUAGCAAAACGUCAGGUUCUCGAGGUAGUGAUGGAUUGCAAACAUAUUCCGAGAAUGACCUGGAUCAGAACAACGACGACAUGUAUGGACUCAAGGUUUUUGGUGAAACUGGCUAUCUGGCGAUGAAUUCUGGGAAGAAAAGCACGGCUGAGAAACUGAGUGACACUGGAUUCCAGCUUUACACUUCUAACGACUCUAAUAAACUUCCAAAAAUCUUAAAACCCAAGAAAAAAGUCAGCAAGGGCUCGAAAAGGAAAAAGACAAAUGCUAUGAACGAUGGAAGUCAAGGAAGCCAAGGCAGUGAUUUUUAUGCUCAGUUGGGAGGGACAGAGGAUGACAAAGGUAAUUCAAGUGAAUCAGCUGCAGGACAAGAUAGUGGAGAGCUUAUCAACAAAUAUGGACUGGACCUUAAAAGAGAUUUCAAUAUGGAAGUGACAAGGCCAUUUACCUUUUCAUAUUUUCCUGAAAUUCAUAUCAAGAAAAAGAAAAAAGGGGGUGACAAGGAGACUGGGAAGAAAAUACAGCGAAAAAUAUCUAAGGUUAAAACGCCUUCGAGCCUCUCUUGAGCCAGCGAAAUGCACCUGAGAAAUAACUUUUUAGAUUUGCCAAGCCAGCGGUUAUCAAUACUGAGGUUCUGAUUGUAUGAGCAAAGCUCUGCAGCACCGAAAGCGCCACUCCGUUACAACUCAAAAUAGAAUUCCAAUAACUUCGACUCUUACGGGGCUGGUUGCUUUGUUUCGCCUGGAGGGGGUGGGGGUUUGGAGGAUUUUGCUUGUUUCACGAUGAUAAAGCUCUGUAAAAUCCUUAUCCUUAAUCCUUAAUCCCCCCCCACCCCUCAUUGGCAGUCAAUCGGCAGUCAAUUUUCUAAAGUUCCCUUCUUUAAACUCUAUUGCUCCCCCCCCCCGACCUCAGUUCUUCGUGAAACCAUGUGAUCCCAAUUCCUCCACCCUCCCCUCCCCUCCGGGCGACAAACUUUGACUGGUCACCAACGUGGAAAUGAAUUUGUUAUCAGGAUAUACUAGGCACUACCAUCCUCAACUUAUGUUGUCUGUGGCAAUAAUACAAAUUCUUGUAUUCCAUGACCAAAGAGAACUCCUGGGAUGGACGAUAGAAGCCCUGAUUAAAAUAAUAAAUGUCGAGCACUCUUGACCACUUCUAAGAAGUUCAAUUAGACAUUUAAUCUUGUGCCAAGUCAGCGUCUUUAAAAUCAAGCGUAUUUCAUAAAUAAUUCACGAAUGAUUUAAUGCCCAGAAAGGGUAAAUGAGAUGUU